GUGAUGAUGGUAGGGAUGCCUGGCGCUGGGAAGUCUCACUGGGCCCGGACCCACAUGGCAGAGAACCCAGACAAGCGCUACAACGUACUGGGAACCAGUAACAUCCUGGCACGCAUGAGGGAUCUCCAGUCUCAGCCCCAGUCUGAGGGGCUCCAGUGUGAUCAGAAGGAGCUGUUCCUGCAGCACGCCACACAGUGCCUCAGCCAGCUGAUCCAGAUUGCAGCACGCAAGAGAAGGAACUACAUCCUGGACCAGGCGAAUGUGUACAGCUCUGCCCAGCGUCGCAAGCUGCUCCGGUUUCAGGGGUUUUGUCGCCGGGCGGUGGUGGUGUGCCCCAGCGAUGAGGAGUGGAAGAGGAGGCUAGGCGAGCAGCAGCGAGAGGAGGGAGAGGAGGUGGCAGAGACCUCUCUGCUCAAAGUCAAGGUGAGCUUCACCCUGCCCUCUCCCUGCGAGUUCCUCGAGGAGGUUCUGUACUCUGAUCUCCUGAAGGAGGAGGUGGAGACUCUCUCUCUCUCAGCCCUGUCUCUCUGUCUCUCUGCAGUGAGCUUCACCCUGCCCUCUCCCUGCGAGUUCCUCGAGGAGGUUCUGUACUCUGAUCUCCCGAAGGAGGAGGUGGAGACUCUCUCUCUCUCUCAGCCCUGUCUCUCUGUCUCUCUGCAGUGAGCUUCACCCUGCCCUCUCCCUGCGAGUUCCUCGAGGAGGUUCUGUACUCUGAUCUCCUGAAGGAGGAGGUGGAGACUCUCUCUCUCAGCCCUGUCUCUCUGUCUCUCUGCAGUGAGCUUCACCCUGCCCUCUCCCUGCGAGUUCCUCGAGGAGGUUCUGUACUCUGAUCUCCCGAAGGAGGAGGUGGAGAUGCUCCUGUCCUCGUACAAGGAGCAGGCGCGCAAGGUGCUCCCCCCGCCGCCCAAACGCAAGAAGAACCGCAACAGACGUAAACAGCAGCAGAGGGGGGGCCAGAGAGGGGGUGCCGCCGCGGGGCCGCAGGUG